AACAAAUUGUCACACAGCAAGCAAAUCAGCUUACUGUGAUAACUUCAACGAUUAACAAUGGAGAAGUUCAGAGCAAUCCAUCGUAUCUUCCGGCAACGGUCCAUCUUCCGUCAGUCCACUCUCCGCCUCUCCGCUCCAGGUUUUGAUGGAAGAGAAUACGACUCGCCGUUCUUCCAAUAUCAGAAGAACCGAGAAUUGCAGACAUAUACAGAACCUCGUGUUCCUGGCGCAUUUCAGUGUUAUAGUAAGAGAGAUUUUGGUACAAAAACGAUAGUUAAUCGAAAUCCAGUUUUUGAGACGCUGGAUAGUAAUGACAUAGCGCGUUUUAAGGAAAUUUUAGGAGAGAAAAAUGUUGUUGAAGAUGAAGAUAGAUUGGAAUUUGCUAAUACUGAUUGGAUGCAUAAGUAUAGAGGCUCCAGUAAGCUUCUUCUCUUACCUACAACUACUGAUCAGGUUUCAGAGAUUCUUAAUUAUUGUAAUUCUAGACAUUUAGCUGUUGUUCCUCAAGGCGGAAAUACCGGUCUUGUCGGUGGAAGUGUUCCAGUUUUUGAUGAGGUGAUUAUUAAUUUGAGCGCAAUGAAUAAUAUUAUAUCUUUUGACAAGGUUAGUGGCGUAUUGGUUUGUGAAGCAGGAUGCAUAUUGGAAAAUCUGAUAUCUUUCCUCGAUAACCAAGGAUUUAUUAUGCCACUGGACUUAGGUGCCAAAGGAAGCUGCCAAAUUGGUGGAAAUGUUUCAACUAAUGCUGGUGGUCUGCGCCUUGUCCGUUAUGGUUCACUACACGGAAACAUACUUGGUCUGGAGGCUGUUCUAGCAGAUGGUAGUGUGCUUGACAUGCUUGGUACAUUACGUAAAGAUAAUACAGGAUAUGACUUGAAGCAUUUGUUUAUAGGAAGUGAAGGGUCUUUGGGAAUUGUAACUAAAGUGUCCAUACUUACGCCCCCAAAGCUAUCUUCAGUAAACAUAGCUUUUCUGGCAUGCCAAGAUUAUCUCAGCUGCCAGAAACUUUUGUUGGAAGCAAAGAGGAAACUCGGAGAGAUUCUAUCUGCAUUUGAAUUUUUGGACAGCGAGGCAAUGGAUUUGGUUCUGACCCAUUUAGAAGGUGUUCGGAAUCCAUUGCCUCCCUCAGUACACAACUUCUAUAUUCUGAUUGAGACAACAGGCAGUGAUGAAUCUUAUGACAAAGAGAAGCUCGAGGCAUUUCUACUUAGUUCAAUGGAAUCUGGUUUAAUUUCUGAUGGGGUUAUUGCACAAGACAUAAACCAAGCAUCAUCAUUUUGGCAUAUACGUGAGGGUAUACCAGAAGCAUUGAUGAGGGCAGGGCCCGUGUACAAAUAUGAUCUGUCAUUACCUGUUGAACAGAUGUACAAUCUUGUACAAGAAAUGCGACAGAGAUUGGCUCAGAAGGCCAAAGUAGUGGGAUAUGGUCAUUUGGGAGAUAGCAAUUUGCAUCUCAAUAUAUCAGCCCCACAAUAUGAUGAUUCGAUUUUAGCACAAAUCGAGCCAUAUGUAUAUGAGUGGACAUCCAAACACCACGGAAGUAUAAGUGCAGAGCAUGGCUUGGGACUUAUGAAGGCCAAUGAGAUCUUUUACAGCAAGUCACGUGAAACGGUGCAAGUCAUGGGUUCCAUCAAGAAGUUGCUGGACCCUAAAGGAAUACUUAACCCAUAUAAAGUUCUUCCACACUCGCUCAGUUCUUGCGAAUGAGAUUUCACAAUGUCUAUUGAGUAAUCGGCAUUUGCAACAAAAAGAGGGGAAGAAAGUGUUGUUAGACUAGAGUUACAUGGGGUAACUCAAGUUUGAAGGGAGAUCAUUUUGUGCUCCUGACACAGUUGUCGCGGAUUUACAUAAAGAAGUAAAUAAAUAAAUAAAUCUCGAGCGCUUAUACCAUUUGAGUUAUAGCUCAUUGGUAAUAUGCAUCACAGUAUUGGAUAUGUAAACAUUUAUAUACUCCUUAUGGAUGCAAUUAAAAUUCAAUGCAGUGAUGGUAAACAAUUUACAUAGACAAGUACAUGAGUAAAGUUUUAUUUUAUGUA